UGCUGGACAAAUGAAUAUUUCUGGCUGGCUUUUGCAGGGUCAACUGGGCUUUCAAAAAAAAAAAAAAAAAAAAAAAAAAAAGACUUAAAAAUAAAUCAGCCUUCCUUGAACUCCAUGGCUGGUGCUCAACAUUAGCAUAGGCAAUGUCCCUUGACAUCCGGGCAGCAGGCAGGAGCAUCUGUGCCGGAGGGCUUGGGGGUGUCGGUGGAGGAGGGAGGGAGGAAAUCUGGAACCCAUAAGCUCCACUGAUGUUUGCGUUACCUUGCACUGCUGCAUUGGUCUGCGCCUGGUCCGCCCCCGGUCCUCCUCGCCCUAUCAGCAAGAGCCUUUCCCCAAAGUUAUCCGAACGCCCUCCUCUCCGUCGCCCAAAGGAAAAACCAACUGAGCUCCUUGGAGGGCUCGGCGAGGCUUGAGAAGUCCGGAGGGGCCGAAGGGUGGAUGCUCCAGGCUGCCCCUCUCGCGUGGGCGCCGUCUCUGCAGAUGCGCCGCGGCCUCCGCGCCCCGUGAGCUCCUCGAGCCCUUCGGCUGCCCGGUGGAAGAGGUCCCCGGGGCGCAGGUGGUCGCUGCCGAGACGAUGAAGGAGGAAAGCAUGUGCCUGGACUCCCCCGAAGGCAGCCUGGUCACCAGCGAGGAGGAAGGCGAGCGGCUGCACAAGAAAUGCCUCCGCAAGCGAGGCCAGGCGGGCAAGCCGGCGGAGGACGGCGGAGCCCCCUCGCUGCAGGGCAAGCGGAGCAAGCGCAGCCCCGUCCCGCAGUCCUUCGAGGACGUGCACACCCAGCGGGUGAUCGCCAACGUGCGGGAGCGCCAGCGGACCCAGUCGCUCAACGACGCCUUCGCGGAGCUGCGGAAGAUCAUCCCCACGCUGCCCUCCGACAAGCUGAGCAAGAUCCAGACCCUCAAGUUGGCCGCGCGCUACAUAGACUUCUUGUACCAGGUGCUGCAGAGCGAUGAGCUGGACCACAAGAUCACCAGCUGCAACUACCUGGCCCACGAGAGGCUCAGCUACGCCUUCUCCGUCUGGAGGAUGGAAGGGGCUUGGUCCAUGUCCGCGUCCCACUGAGCCGGGGUACGUAUCGCAGCUCCGCCAAGGGCACUGCGCGCACGCCCCUCGCUCCUGCAUCCUCCGCGCAUCUCCCAGCUCGCUCCUCCGGGGGCCGCGCGCGGCGGCCGCCCCCUCCUCGUGCUCCACGUGCAAGCGAUUUGCUUUUUAACAAACCCCAGGCGCUGUCAAGGCCGGUGUUCGGAGGAGGGAGCGGUUCCCAAACCCCGGUGGGAAGUCGCGGGGGGCCGAGCAGCGGAGCCCUGAUCUCAUUUAGCGGGGUCUGGGCUGGGGCAGGCAAGUGAAAGGUUUCAAACAAGGGCUUCACGAGCUGAUUUAUCCUCCCGCGGGGAAGCUGGGGGGGUGCGUAAAUCAGGCUGCACCCUCCUGAGCCCGCUGGAGAUGUCGAGGUGUCAAAACUGC